UGCGCUGGUUGCAGAAGGUUGUUCUGUUCUAUCAAUUAACUCUGAACCAUCCAUUUAAUGAAAUUCUCUGUUGCUGUUAAUUAAGGAAAAUGUCGGCAUUUGAACUAAAAAACUUGAAUGAAUGCUUGGAAAAGCAUUUACCGGCUGAUGAACUGAAGGAGGUGAAGCGAAUUUUAUACGGUGUGGAAGAAGACCAGACUUUGGAGCUGCCAGCCAGUGCAACAGCUAUCGCUCAGGAAAAUGGAUUUGAGAUCAAGGGAUAUCGUUUUACGGCACGAGAAGAACAAACUCGCAAGCGUCGGAUUGUUAGGGUUGGAGCUAUCCAAAACUCGAUUGUACUACCCACUACGGCUCCCAUUGAAACGCAACGGGAAGCCAUUUGGAAUAAGGUUAAGACCAUCAUCAAGGCGGCAGCAGAAGCCGGAUGCAAUAUUAUUUGCACCCAAGAGGCGUGGACCAUGCCAUUUGCAUUCUGCACUCGAGAGAAAUUUCCCUGGUGCGAGUUUGCCGAGGAAGCCGAAAAUGGUCCUACUACCAAGAUGCUCGCUGAACUGGCCAAGGCCUAUAACAUGGUCAUCAUCCAUUCGAUCCUAGAGCGGGAUAUAGAGCACGGCGAGACCAUCUGGAACACGGCUGUGGUUAUUUCGAAUAGCGGUCGUUACCUGGGCAAGCAUCGGAAGAACCACAUUCCCCGGGUGGGAGAUUUCAAUGAAUCUACGUACUAUUUGGAGGGCAAUACCGGACACCCGAUCUUUGAGACAGAGUUCGGCAAGCUGGCCAUAAACAUCUGCUACGGACGCCAUCAUCCCCAGAAUUGGAUGAUGUUCGGGCUUAAUGGAGCGGAGAUAGUCUUCAAUCCAUCGGCUACGAUCGGUCGACUAUCGGAGCCUCUGUGGAGCAUUGAGGCACGUAAUGCUGCUAUCGCCAAUAGCUACUUCACAGUUCCGAUUAAUCGCGUAGGAACUGAGCAGUUCCCAAACGAGUAUACAUCUGGAGAUGGUAAUAAAGCCCACAAGGAGUUCGGACCAUUCUACGGAUCUUCAUAUAUUGCUGCUCCUGACGGUUCAAGGACACCGAGCUUGUCGCGGGACAAAGAUGGCUUGCUGGUCGUUGAGCUCGAUCUGAACCUAUGUCGCCAGGUUAAGGACUUCUGGGGCUUCCGUAUGACCCAGAGGAUUCCUCUCUAUGCGGAGUCUUUUAAAAAGGCUUCGGAACACGACUUCAAGCCGCAGGUUAUCAAGGAAACAUAAUGAGGAACUGAACUCACAACUUGGCAUUUAAAAUUGAACUAUAAAUAAAGAUAAGCACUUUUUAAAAGUU